AUGUUUGAAUAUGUUCAUGAUCGAGCGUCUGAAUCUUCUUCAUCUGAAACCAGUGACGACGACGUACUCGUAAUAGACCCUUUCACAACCCACGAGUCACCAGCAGCUACCCUGUCAUCUCCCACUGGAAGUCUCGACUCGAACACUCAGGCUGAUGCUCCGAGUCAACCCUCCAUUAUGAUGGUACUCGACCCCACUAGUACUGUUGUGUCAUGGCAUGCUAAACCACCGUCCGCAUCAACCACUGUCACGGUUCCUACUAACCUGGGGGAGAUCUCUCUCAGUCUCGCACCCGACUCGGACUCUGAGGUAGCUGCGCUCGUGCAGCUUCCGAAGUAUCGAGAACUUUUGUGUUCGGACAAGAUAUUGAAAAAUCAAAGGCCUGACCAAGCAUUAAGAACAAAACCUGAAGUCGGCCCCAGAGGCUGUCACGUCAUGGGAGCUCGAGCUUCUUGUAUUGCUACUCGACAGGCUUGCAAGAGGAAGAUCGACAAUCACGAUGGUGUCGAAACUGACAAGGAGAAUAUUACAAUAUCUCUGAGUCAUACUCCGGCCAUCAAGCGCAUCUGCCGGGAGAAAUCGGGGACUGACUGGCAGACUGUCCUUGAUAUUGAUGAGUAUGGCGAAGAACAACGAAGGAAAUUUAAAGACACAGUCAUAGUAGUGUAA